AUGCCCUCUCACGUGGUGGCCGUGUGUUUCACCGAGGCCGAGUGGGAGCUCCUGGAUCCGGGCCAAAGAGCUCUCUACAGGGAAGUCAUGUUGGAGACCUACGGGAGCGUGGCCUUUCUCGCAGGGGAUGAUAAGAGGAAUGAGGAGGAUGAGAAACCGCAGCUUCUAAUGCCAGAUGAAGUCAAGAAUGACGAUGAGAGAGGGAACUUCAGGAAUCAAGGCAGACCCAAGAGGCAGAAAGGCAGACAUAUAGUCAAGAAGAGGGAUCGACCCAUUCCUUGCCAAAGUGGGGAUUUCUGUGAAGUAAUUCACAUGGAGGAAACGUACAAGUGCUUGGAGUGUGGAAUGAACUUCUCAGAUCACAUCCAAUAUAAUACCCAUGUGAGAAUGCACAGUGGAAAGCAGAUUCAUCAAUGCUCGGAGUGUAAAAAGAGCUUCCUUUGUAGAGCGGAGCUCCUUAUACAUCAACAAACACAUGCAGGAGAGAAGCAGAGUAUCUCAGAUUGUGGCGAGAGUUUUUCAGAGAAAUCAGACCUUAUUAAAGACCAAAGGAUUCAUUCAGGAGAGAAGCCUUUUAUCUGUUCAGAGAGUAGAAUGGCAUUCUCUGAUGGAAUACAGAGAAAUUUACAUUUUUUGAGGAACGUUAUAAUGAAGGCAUGUAAAUGCUUUCGGUGUGGAAGGUACUUUAAAUUCAGAUCACAGCUCCUUGCCCACCAAAGAAUCCACACAGGGGAGAAACCUUUUGAAUGCUCAGAGUGUGGAAAGAAAUUCAGUCAGCUUGGCAAUUUUAAAAAACAUCAGCGAACCCACACAGGGGAGAAACCUUUUGAGUGCUCAGAGUGUGGGAGGAGAUUCAGUCACAGAUGUAGUCUUCAGCAGCACCUAAGAAUCCACACAGGUGAGAAACCUUUUGAAUGUUCAGAGUGCGGGAAGAGAUUCAGUCAGCGUGGCAAUCUUCAACAGCAUCAAAGAACCCACACAGGAGAAAAACCUUUUGAGUGCUCGCAGUGUGGAAAAAGAUACAGUCAGAGUGGCCAUCUGCAGCAGCACCUAAGAAUCCACACAGAGGAGAAACCUUUUGAAUGCUCAGAGUGUGGAAAGAGAUUUUGUUACAGUGGCAAUUUUCAACGGCACCUAAGAACCCACACAAAUGAGAAACCCUUUGAAUCCUCUGAGUGCAGAAAGAAAUUCAGGUUGAGUGGCCAUCUUCAACUGCAUCAAAGAACCCACAGAGGGGAGAAACCUUUUGAAUGCUCAGAGUGUGGGAAGAGACUGAGUCACAGAUAUAGUCUUCAAAAGCACCUAAGAAUCCACACAGGGGAGAAGCCUUUUGAAUGCUCAGAGUGUGGAAAGAGAUUCAGGUUGAGUGAGAGUCUUCAGCAACAUCUUAGAACCCACACAGGGGAGAAGCCUUUUGAAUGCUCAGAGUGUGGAAAGAGAUUCAGUCAGAGUGGCCAUCUGCAACAGCACCUGAAAACCCACACAGGGGAGAAACCUUUUGAAUGCUCAGAGUGUGGAAGGAGAUUCAGUCACAGAUGUAGUCUUCAACAGCACCUAAGAAUCCACACAGGGGAGAAACCUUUUGAAUGCUCAGAGUGUGGAAAGAGAUUCAGUCACAGAUGUACUCUUCAACAGCACCUAAGAAUCCACACAGGGGAGAAACCUUUUGAAUGCUCAGAGUGUGAAAAGAAAUUCAGUCAACUUGGCAAUCUUCAGCAACAUCAAAGAAUCCACACAGGGGAGAAACUGUUUGAAUUUGAAGAGAGAUCCAGGGCAGCUGACAGUCUUCAACAUCAUCAAGGAACCCGCACAGGUGAGAAACCUUUUGAGUGUUCAGAGUGUGGAAAGAGAUUCAGUCAGAGUAGUUAUUUGCAACAGCACCUAAGAACCCACACAGGGGAGAAACCUUUUGAAUGCUCGGAGUGUGGAAAAAGAUUCUAUCACAGAAGUAGUCUUCAACAGCACCUAAGAAUCCACACAGGGGAGAAGCCUUUUGAAUGCUCGGAGUGUGGAAAGAAAUUCAGGUUGAGUGGCAGUCUUCAGCAACAUCUUAGAACCCACACAGGGGAGAAGCCUUUUGAAUGCUCACAGUGUGGAAAGAGAUUCAGUCAGAGUGGCCAUCUGCAACAGCACCUAAAAACCCACACAGGAGAGAAACCUUUUGAAUGCUCAGAGUGUGGAAAGAAAUUCAGUCAACUUGGCAAUCUUCAACAACAUCAAAGAAUCCACACAGGUGAGAAACCUUUUGAGUGUUCAGAGUGUGGAAAGAGAUUCAGUCAGAGUAGUUAUCUGCAACAGCACCUAAGAACCCACACAGGGGAUAAACCUUUAGAAUGCUCGGAGUGUGGGAAGAGAUUCAGUCACAGACGUAGUCUUACAAAGCACCAAAGAAGCCACAUAGGGGAGAAACCUUUUGAAUGCCCAGAGUGUGGAAAGAGAUUUUCAUAUAGCAGCAAUUUUCUACGGCAUCUAAGAACGCACACAAAGGAGAAACCAUUUGAAUGCUCUGAGUGUGGAAAGAAAUUCAAUCAGAGCAGCCAUCUUCAAGAACAUCAAAAAACUCACACAGGGGUGAAGCCUUCUGAAUGCUCAGAGUGUGGAAAGAAAUUCAGGUUGAACAGCCAUCUUCAGAGGCAUUUGAGAAUUCACACAGGGGAUAAACCUUUUGAGUGCUCAGAGUGUAAAAAGAGAUUCAGUCGUAAUGAGAACCUCCAAUUGCAUCUAAGAACCCACAGAGGUGAGAAACUUUUGAACACUCAGAGUCUGGAAAUGCCUUCAACUGGAGCAUCACUUUUAAACAAGGUCUAA